UUAUAGUGCUCAUCGCCAAACGGCAGAUAAUACAAAAUAAUACUCGUUGCCAAAUUUACGCCACGUGACAACCAUCGUCGCCACCGCUUCAAAUUUGUUCCUCUUGUAAAAGCAUACGUUAACGAAGCCGCACGACGCAUAACUAUUCAUUACACAAUAAUUCACAGUUAAAAAUUACCAGAUUUCUAAUGAGAUCUCCGUUAUAAGAAUUUCUUGAAGUUGGAAACAAAGUACAGAAUUACUUUCCGAGGAGGCGAGGAGUUGGCGACAGAGGGGCACAAUGAAGAGACUUGUCUUCAGCGAAGCGAAGUGAUCCUCGAAGAAACGAGGAAGCGAGGAAGAAUUCGAAGUAUUCGAUCAGACGAAUCGGGCCGGCGACGGGCCCGAUCGGUGUGAUGGUCUCAGGGUGGUGCCCGUGCGUGCCACUGGGGCGUCGGCAAUCGCCGGCCCAGCAGCAACAGCAACAACAACCGCAAUCAUCAUCUAGGGCGCCGUUCACCGUCAGCGGCGCGACCGAUCGCGCGGACAUGGUGCAGAUGUUUUACUAUGAGAACCAUGGCAAGUGUUGCAAGAAGCUGCUCAGAUACAACGGAUACCCGAAUAAGGUUCUUUUGUUCCCCGAGGAGGGCUGGGCGAGAAGUGCGAGUAGUUCCUACUGGACCUUGACGCCGUUCUGGUGGAGCCGGAGCCGGUGCAAGGUCGUCGAAGUCGCUGGAACAAGAAGGUACAGUACUCAGGCAAAAAUGGUGGACACGGGUACGGGCACGCUUUAUAUUAUCGGCUCGUUCAAGAGGAUGACUACCGAUCCCGAUUUCAAGCUGUACCUGACGUCGAACGUCUCGUCGAGCGACUUCAACAUGGGCUACAGUAUGACGGGCACGCUGGAGCGCGGCUGCAAGAAGACCAACUCCUUCCAGAUGACCCACUUCGCGGUGAUACGGCGGCGGGACUACGAGAAGGCGUACGAGGACCCGAAUCCCACCUAGUGUCCGUCCACACCCACGCUCUCCGAGUGUGGGGACUGCGAGCAUUACACGUAGCUGGGGGGUGGGGGUGGGGGCAAGGGGCCGCCGGUGCCAGGAGGAGAGAGAUGCACUUCCGCGUGCGUUUGCAUUCGCCGCACGAUGGAUCGUCGGGAAGGAGUCGCUCCUUAGCGCGAGAUCGAUCACGAAAUCCCGAAGCUCCUGGCAAGGUCGGUUCAACGAACGUAUCCUCGAGGCGGUUCGAUCGCGGAUCGAGAACCUUUUAGAGAAACAUCUGUGUACAACAUUAGACCGCUAAAUCCGCUUGUUUGCAUUUCUCAUUUAUCUCGCUCGCUUCUAAAAGGAGUAAUAAAGAUAGGGUAUAAUCGUGCAUAGACAAAAGCUGGAGAUAGAAAUGUAUUAAAAAGUAAAAAAGUAUGAGGCGAAAGUGGUUAAAAAGAUAGUAGAAGGAUAAACAGAGAAGAAAGGCGAGCACCGCAUUUUAUUCUAUAUAGUUAUCUACAUUUCUCUUGUAAGACGUUAUAAGGAUGGGAGAUAAUCAAAAGUGCGAAGAAGGAAGCUUUAAUUCGCGCAAAAUCAACGUUAGCGCGUGGUAAUAAGAGAUCAUGGAGAUGAAAGAAGGAAGGGAAGAUCAAGAUAGAGUGAAUUAUGAGGCAAAAAGAAUGCUGAGAGUUUUAAUUCCUACAGGGUAAAUAUUUCUUUUGCGAGAUUUCCCACAAAAUAAACCCGUGAUGGAUCCUUCACGGUAACCAAAUUCUUUGAAGAUGGCAAUGUUCUUUUGACUUCUAAGAUUAUGCAUAUAAUUGGUACAAUUUUUUCCUGUAUAUCGGAGCUUGCGUUAGGGUUUAAUUAGCGCUCUAAUGGACUACACAGUGUCUCUCUGUUACCUCGAAUUGUCAAGGUACGUUAUUUUCGCGCAUAAUCGAGUUCGAGAUCGGAUGAAACCUGGCAGCAGCCUGAAAACAACAGCGACGCUUCGUUUCUUCGAGGAGGUAAGAAUGGCUGUAGGUUCGUUAUUAUCGCGAAAUAUAUAGAAACAAAAUACCAAAGUUGAGUGGCGGCCCUGCGCGACAGAGCCAAACGUCCAAAGAUAGUCCUUAAAUUAGAUCGAAUUAAUUAGCUCUUAAUGGAAGUCAUCGAGCGAUGCGUAUACCUAAAUACCUAUAAGCGAGGAAGCGUAUAUACAGAGAGGAGACGUUAAUCGAGAGGAUGCGAAAACUGUUUUACCAAAGUACUAGCACGUAAGUUACUUGCAAACUUUCUGCCGGCGAUAAUCCAAGAUCGCAACACACACUCCUCCAAUCCACAAGGUACACUGCUUCUCAUCGAUCGACGCAUCGAUGGCUGCCGCCGCCUCGUCGAGAUUACAAUUAGUAAGUGAUUAACGACUAAGGCUUUUCCUUUCGGCGAAUCAGCUGUCUAGAGUAGUGUUAUAUGUGCCAAUUCAAAAAAGCCAUCGUUGACGAGCACUGUACCUGGCAAUUACUACAAAGUCAGAGCGCGCGAAUGCGCACGGUGAAAAGCCGGAGACGGACGAAACGAUGUUUCAAAGCCCAUUUCGCGGCCAGUCGAAAGCUUAAAAGCAUUUAAAAGAGAUCCGCAGAACCAUUGGAAGGGAUUAACACAUUGAGAAAAGGAUUAAAACGUCUUUCGGCUUUGUAUGACACUGCCAACUUUCUAAAAUGGCAUCGUCUGGCUUUUGCUCUCUUCAGUUCUCUUAUAAUAUGUUCAUACAAGUGAAAAAUUUGAUCGACAGUAAAUUCUUAGAAUAUCUAGUCAAUAAUCUUCCUUCGAUAUUUAUUGUAACGUAAGUAUCAAAAUUUUUUAUGCAAUUUAAUUUUCGAGUUACUCCAGAAUCGUACACAGUUCAUCGGUUUAUACCUUCAACGAUCAAGUUUUCCUAUUUUGACCGGUUUUGCCGAGGGACGUCUAUCGCAUUUCAAGUUUGACGGUUCGCUAGAAUGGAAAAUUUCAUAUGGCGGGGCCCGUGUCAGGACGCCGGUUAUAAAUAUCGUUUCGCUGGUCUAAGGCUUUAUAGACAGUAUAUAGCAGUAGCGUGUAGCCGGCUUACAAGGUAUUUCAAAGCUUGUUACGCGCCCCUUUCUUUGAGCCACCGCCGACGGACGUCGCUCAAGGAAGGAAGAAAAGCCGCGGGAGAAAGAGAGCUUCGCUGCACUGACGCCGGACACACACGUGACACAAAGCGAGAGGCGUCUCUCUCGCCCUUACCUUACGUACGGGAUCAUCGUGAGCCGGUGUUGUAAACGCGUAACACGAUACUUAUUUUUGCUAAAGAGUAGGAAGUCACUCACACCGGUCACGAUGUAUCCCGAUGAGAUCUAAGUCAACGAUCGCCGAUCGUUCGUUCGGGACGGGAUGCGAUCCCAGCGAGAAAAACAAGGAAAAGCCGUUAACGGGACGGUCAUAAAAGAUUUGACGAGUCUUUCCUCUAUGUCAUAUUUUAUUAACGUGAAAUGAUUGAUUAUUAUCCGUAUUAGCGAGUAAAGUUACGUUUUGAUGCCAAAUUUAAAUUAUUUAUUUAUUAAAUUAUUGUUACUUGGCUCCCUUUUCGUGAUUGUUUAAUAAUAUUAACAAUGUUAUUAAUGUUGCGUCGCGAAUUCUCGAAUCGUUUCUACAAGUACCAAUGGCAGGAGUGUCUCGUACGAGUUUAACACUGCUGUCGUUAGAGAAGAGCCGAUGAACGGCGAACGAACGGUCUCAGAGACUCUAUUAUAAUAAACUCGUCGUGCGUAACUCCCCUUUAUAUAGUCCUCGAAGAAAAUCUAGUACCUACCGCUUUUGCUCAAGGAAUUACCUAUAAUGCCAAAUAAAUACUAUGUGCAAUAGUGCGCAAGAAAGUUGAGUCAUUUGCAUUUUGAUAUUAAGAUAUGCAUUACGUUAAGAGCUUUCGUUUAACUAUUGAGGUAAAGUAAGAUGCAUUUUUCGAGCGUUGGACAAAAUUCUAGAGAACGCUGUUUUAGAUUCUUUCUCUUAGGGACGCAUCAUGGUAGUUACUAAAUCUAUGUGUCAGGAAUUCAUUAAAAUAAUCCUUUCAGUAUCAAAUUCAAUACAAUUAUUGCAACCAUUACUUUUCAUUAAUUUUUUCAUUAAUUUUAUUAUCAAUUUUGAUUUCUCGUUAAUAAACGUUAAAUUAAUGAUCCGUGAAUCUCUGAAUAUAACAGUGAUUUUAUAGUUAGUUACCGAAUUAAGAAAAGAUGAUGUUCAAACGAACUUUCAUAGUUUAAUGAACAUUAAACAUAUUAAUCUUCUUAAUAAACUACAAUCCUAAAUUAUUAAUAAAGUUCAAUCUUUUGUGCAUGGUAGAUAACGAAAAGUAACAUGCAAUAUAUGGCGUAAGCAUACUGAAAGGAUUAAAGAGAAAAACUUUAUAGCUGACUGUCUUAAUUGUUCUUUACUUUAACGGGUGCUGGAUAACGCGCGCAUCGACGCUUUUCUCGAAUUAGCGUGGAUAGAGGCAAUAAAAUCCAGUCAGAUUCCUCGAGCCUCUCAUUCGAGUGGAGUUACAUGUUUACAGGGUUUAGCGUUGUUUCGCAAUUCAAGGGAGUAAAAAAAAGUUUUUUCAGCAAUUUUUACCUAAUCAGCGCUUCGAUAGAAAUUCCGAUCGCUGGAGAAAGGAAUAAUUCUGUAAGCCGAUAUUGCUCGUGAUACGGUAAGCUCUCGUUAGCUUGAGUCGCUCAACGCCACAGAUCCUUCUCUGCAGCUAUUAUCCAUCACGAACUACACUGCUAGUUUCGAGUUUCUCCGAAUUCGCUCUAACGAGGGUUCAUUGCACAUCAGGUACUUGCCACUGUGAGCGCCAGAAUCAAGUUCGUUAUCAUUCGCUGCGUUACUUGAAUUGCGAAAAUCAAGUAAAGAAUUGAUAAGAUAAGUGUACCAUUGCAUGUAUAUAAGUAUAUAGUGUACAAAACUCCUACGCAUUUACACUCACGUACACACACACACAUACACAUGCACACACACACACGCACGCAUACAAUAACUCCUUCCGCGAGUAGAUGAAAUUUUGCGAGAUUCUCGUUGAUGUUGUAGAUUAGUAGAUUAGCACUCAUCAGUCGCUUCUUUCAGCCGAUCUAGUCCCUAGAUCUAGCACGGACCGCCCGUCGUAGGUAGAUUGUUUUCGGUAGCGGCGGAUUAUACCUAUAAGGGGUUACACCGAGAACGUUCGCAAGUCUAUGAACUACAAAUUCAGAUUCUAGAAUAGAUCGACGAUAAAAAUUAUAGUGGCAAUUUUCGUGACUCGUUUUUCCUAACUGAGGGUUAUUUCCCUAGUAAAACAUAGCGCACUUCGUUCAACACGAUCCGCUUUUCUUCUCACUUGCUGAAAAGCUUCACUUCUGUUUUAUGGCGCCGCGGCUCCCAAGCUCGACAACGAAAUUUCCGGCGUCGAACGAGCAAGCGAGCGAGCGAACCCAGACGAGACGACGACGUCUCGCUCGGUUUCCUGACUCUUAAGAUUCAUGACCGCCGGUUUAUGACGCUCUCGAUUGACGUGACUUGACAGGAAGUCGAUCUAUGAGCGCGGAACUUGUUAAGAUCCUCGGCAAAUCGCGAAUAUUUGAUACCUUCCGCUCUCUUCCUACGAUAUCGGUGCCAUUUACGGCCAAAAUUCCCGUUGGCUUUUAAAACCCUCGCAAAACGCGACAAAUAUUUUCGACUACGUGGCAGUGAAGCGCAACGAGAUGUCGAUAAUAUUGGAAAAUUUCCUGGAUAGUCACAAACACGCGUCCAUUAUAUAGCGAAAAUCCCGAAUCAACUUUUUUUCCAAAUAAAAACGUCAAAGUGCUAAUUUUUCCAAGUUAUUAAAAUUUUGCCUUAUUUUUAAUUUAAGC